AUGCAGAUUGGCGACUCGACCGGCGGGCGGGCAGGCGGCGGCGUCGGCGGCGGUGGCUCGGUAGCGUUGGGGGGCGCACCUGCGCAGGCGGCGCGAACUGGCGCCGAGGGCGCAUUUUCCGCGGCGCGAACGGGGGGCGGGCCGGGGGGAGGCGCGCAGAGCGCGACCAGCCGCAGCAGCGCCACGCACCACCACCAGAGCACGGCGGCCAGCGCGCGGGCAGCGCGCCCGACGCGGCCCGGGGCCUCUUCGCGACCGAAAUACGCGCACCGUGGAGCCGUGCAGUGCGCUCUCGCCCUCGCUCCGGCGGGCGGGCGUGAGGCGGCGCAGACGGCGGCUAGGACGCGCGGCCACACGGCGACUGCGGCGCCGCUUCCGACGGCGCACGACCGUGCCCGAACCCUAUUUCGGGAGCGACGCUCCGCGCCGCGCUGCCCGCCCGCCGCGCGCUGCCAAUUUUACGCGAAAUUGCGGGCGGGCGGUGAUGCGAUAUGUACUGCUGUCUCUCGCAUCGACGACCAAGCCGCGGCCGUCGAUGUGCUUCUGGGCAGAGACUCUCUUUUCAUUGAGAAGCACCGAAUCCCUAGAAUGCCUGAAGAUCGGAAGGCCCGUGUGUUCGAGACCCCAGUUGAUCUAAAUAUGGAUAUAUUCUAUCAAGAAAUUCUCCGUAAAGCAGGACCGAUUCCAUCGCCUGAGGUCUCAGCAGCUACGUACCCUCGCCAGCACUACACAUUAUCUCAGUCUCUGGGCUCUGUG